GCGCAGAGCGCUCAGACCGCUGUCAUGUUCGGGGGGCUCGGCAGGUACUUCGAGGAGGAUCCCUUCUUCAGGGAUCCCUUUGCCGCCCACCAUGAGCACGUGAGGCAGAUGAUGAGGAGCUUCUCGGAGCCCUUCGGGCGGGAGCGGUGUCGGAGCGUGCCGGAGGGCAGGGCCGGGCCGGACCGAGCGCUGGAGCCCCGAGCGCGGCCGGAGUCCAGCCUGGCGGCCCGGGGGAGCCGCAGGGCAACGAGCUACUCCCUCAUGCCCUUUGCAGGCUUUGGGCUAGGGGAUGCAGACUUUGGGGAUCCAUUCUCUGCCAUGGACAGGAUGAUGUCAAACAUGAGGAACAGUAUGCUGGAAAUGCACAGGAAAUUUGAUGACCUGUCCAUGCACCCCGAUGGCCACACGUUCAGCUCCUCCUCCAUGAUGACUUACUCCAAGAUGGGGGAUGAACCUCCAAAGGUCUUCCAGGCCUCGGCCCAGACCCGCACGGCCCCGGGAGGUGUAAAGGAAACAAGAAAAGCACUGAAGGAUUCUGAAAGUGGCCUGGAACAAAUGGCCAUUGGCCAUCACAUCCAGGACAGGGCUCAUGUCAUCAAAAAAUCCAAGAACUGCAAGACUGGGGAUGAGGAGAUGAACCAGGAAUUCAUCAACAUGGAUGAAAAUGAGGCUGAAAGCUUUGAUGAGGAGUGGCAGAAGGAGGUCAUGAAGUUCAGGCCAUCCAGAACCAGAGGCUCUGUAGAAGCUCCAAAAUCCAGAGGUAUCAAUUACAAGGAGAAUGGAUCAAGAAGAGAGAAGCUACUUGGAACUGCCCGUUCCAGAGUGCCCAGAGAUUCCCUGGAGUCUCUCAGUGUGAAAGGAACGCACGUGCCCCUCAACAGAAGCAGCAGGAAAUAAGUGGCCCCAUUCCCCUGGGAUGGAGUUUCUCCAGAGCAGAAAAUGGUGCUCAUGUCCAUACAAAUACACGGGAUAUGUGACCAAUCUCUGUUUGUGUUGUGCCUUUGCUCCUCCUGAGUGUUCCUCAACCCUCAGCUCCUCAGUUAAAACUAAAACCCAACUAAAAACCCAUCAACUUUCUGCCUGAAAGCACUUUAUGGAUUAUCACCAAUUCUGUUUAAAAAAAAACCAUUGAUUUGCAAGGUUUUCCUGCUACAGCAGCACCAGUCUCAGGCUUUAUCAAGCUUGGCACUGCAGCUGCUUUUCCCCACUCUAUAAGUUGCACAGAAAGUAAAUACUCUUUAUUUAGUGUGGCUGAAAUAUAUAUAUCUUUAAAGUCAUACUGGGAAUUCUAACAGAAUCCCCCCAUUCACCUUGUUUGAACAUGGAGAAAAGUGAAAUCCUAAAAUGGCAAUACUGUCUCAUUUUUAAGUUGAUAAGCUGGGCUUGCACCUCAUUUUCAGUGCCUGAAGUGUCCAGUUUGUACCUCUGAUCCUGUGUGUGUUUAUUCUGGAGUUGGCCCAUCGCUGCUGAGGAUUGUCUGGAGCAGCUUUUAAUCACCCCCUGUGUCCUGAGAAACUCAGCUGCACUUUUAGUUGUUAAUGGGAAAAAUAUGUGGGAGAAAUGAGUUUAACUGGAACGAUUUCACCAUUUCUCCUGUUCCCAGGAGCCAGGAGAGAGCCCUGCACGCAGGAAACCAUCUCCCCUCAGCUGAGUUUGUUCUUUGUGAUGAUCCUAAACCUCCAUCUGGUGUCCCUGGAUGAUGUUGUUUGAGUCUGAUGUUCUAGAAAAUCCAGGGAAAUCCUUGUAUUCCAGGUGUCCACGUGCUGUUUUGUCACACAGAAUUAUCCACGUGUUGUAGCAUAAAGAAUUUCUGUUUAUUAAAUAAUAUUACAUAAACUCAAGACUACAUUAAGUGUAGCCUUAAAAAGCACUGUUUAUAUGAUAAAAUAGCAUUAGUAAGUUAAGAGUAAUGUUUGUUUGGCCAGAAAGCCUUUAAAUCAUAUUUAAUCUACCUGCAGUUUCCCCAGAUUAUUUAAUUUUAAUUAAAUAAUAUGUUUAAUAAUGUCGAAAAAUAAUCACCAGCACUUUUGUUGAGCUCUGACAAGGAAAGGCCAAUUAUUUGUUGUUUCUUGCAGUGGUCUAUUCCUUGUUCUUAGAGCAAAUAUUAGUGGCAAUAAGUUCAUGUGAUCGAUUAUUAGUGGCAUUAAUUGGGGCUGUUGAACCAUUUAAUGAGCAGUGAAGGCAAAGGGGGGUCAGGGGAUGCUUUGCCAGCCCUUGGAGCACAAUCCAGGGGCUCAUUUUCCAUCCACUGAAGAUGAUGUGGCUUUUGCAAUUAAUUCAAUAGACAACAUAAGGCUGUGGAGGCUUUUCCCAGGUAUGUCACUCAAAUUUCCCAGUGAUUCACAGCAGCAAAGUUCUCCAAGUUGGAACGUGAGCAGGAACGUUGGAGAGACACUGCUGUUCAACAGAGAAUUCACCUGACAGCUUGGCUUUCUGUCUGAGAUGAAAAAAACCCAGGAUACAGACAUGUAAUACUAAAGCAAGCACAUCCUUGGGCUUGGAAAUGACAGCGGGAAGGGGCGAAUGUUCCUUAUGGAUCGCUUUGUUAUGCCAAGAGUGUUCCCCGUGUAAUGUACAGGAAGCUGUUCCCUGUAGAACCAUCUGAAACUGCAGUUCUUGAAUAAAGUUAUUUAUUAUUUA